AUGUGCAAUUUUGAUCUUUUUAAUCCAUUUGUUUUGGAUUUGGAUCCAGUACUUCCAAUUUUCAAGUUUCUCGCCCGGGGUGUCAGCCAAUCCUGGCUCCGCCACUGCGUCAAGGUGAUUACGGAUGAGCAGAUAGAGGUGCUCCGGAAGCAGAUCUCCAUCUACGCCAUAAUCUGCGAGCAGCUCAUCGAGAUGCACCGUGCCCUCACCACGCACCAGGACUCCAUUGCUGGUAUGCACACCCAUACACCAUCUACACACGCUUGA